AUGGAUUGCCAAGUGAAGACCCCAUUGAUCACCUUGAUGAGUUUGAUAGGUUAUGUGACUUUGACCAAGAUCAAUGGUGUCUCUGAAGAUGCCAUCAAGCUGAGACUCUUCCCUAUGUCUCUUGCUGACAAGGCUCACCAAUGGGAGAAGAGCUUGCCCCAUGGCACAAUCACCACUUGGGAUGAAUGCAAGAAGGCCUUUCUUGCUAAGUUUUUCUCCACCGGUCGCACAGCCAAGCUAAGGAGUGAGAUUCGAGCUUCAUAUAGAGGAACAAUGAGACUUUUGCUGAGGCUUGGGAGAGGUUCAAGGCUACACAAGUCAGUGCCCACAUCAUGGCUUCAACAAUGA